AUGUGUCCUAAAGAUUAUUUAAUUGAACAAAUGAAAUUACAAAAACAAAAAGAACUUGAACGACUUCAACGAGAAAAAGAAGUUGCAUUAGCUCAAUUAACUAAAAGUAAAGGACAUAAAAAAUCUUCGAAUGAACAAAAUAUUGCUACGCAAAGAUAUCGUAAAAUUAUUAUUAAACUAUCUGAACAAAAUAGCCUAUUACAAGAAAUAUUAACUGCUGAGCGAAUUAAUUCACAAGGUAUUCAAUAUUGUCCUCAAUGUCAUAUAGCAAUCGAAAAAAAUGGUGGUUGUUCACAUAUGCAUUGUACACGAUGUAAUUUCGACUUUACUUGGCAAACAACACAAGAACCAACAACAACAAUUAUUACUCCAUACCUAGAAGAUGAAGAUUUUACAGAAGUUGAAUCUAUAAAAGAAGAAUUCAACAAAGUAGCAUAUUUAGUUGAAACUCCUCUACACGAAAAAGCAGAACAAAAUGAAGAAAUAUCUUCUGAUCAAGCUCACGAACAAGAACAAGAAGAAAACGACGAAGAUUUGAAAAUUUCAAUUGAUAAUAAAUCGGUUAUCGGCUCGGCUAUACUUAAUCGAGUGACAAAAUGUCCCAAUAAAUCGUGUGUUGAUACAAAGCCAGAUCUUGUUGAUUUUCAUGUUUAUAUAAUACCAAAACGAACUUGGAAAAAUCAUCAACCUUUAGCUGAACAUGAAGUAAUGAAACAAGUUAUAUCAGCAGGUUUUGUACGUGUGCCUGAAAGUUUAACUCUUGAUGAACUUCGUCAAUAUAUUAUUGAUAUUUGUGGUGAAGAAACUUAUUUUCCGAAAAAAUUUAUUUAUCUUCGAAGUGUUUGUCGAUUUUUAACUAAGAUUAAACAUGAUGAAGAAAAAGAAUUAAAAUUGAAAAAUUUUCGACCACCAAUGACAAUUGCACCUGAAAUUUAUAUACUUGAAGAAAAUUAUGAUGAUGAUUCAUUCAUAUCAAAACAGAGAACAGAUUUUUUAUUACGAGAAUCAUCGAUAAGUGAGUCAUUAAUUAGUUCACAAAGUUGGAUAAAACAAAUAUAUGGACCAUCAUUAAUUUAUCCAUUAUUUAAUCAUUAUCAAUUACCACAGAUUUCUACAGUUACCCAUACCCAUGCGAAACAUUCGCCGCAUUUUAUUAAACCCAAGACACCAAAUUUAUUAAAAUUACAUCAAGAACAAGAACGUCUUUAUUUAUAUCAAAAAGAAUUAGCUCGAAAACGUCGAGAAAUAGAAAAUCACCAUAAAAAAGAAAAAACAGUUAUUAUAAUUCGCACUGCUUCUCGAACUUAUCGUUAUCGGCAUUAUAAAAAACAACAACAAUAG